AUGAUACCGACUCGAAGCGGGAAGAAAUUUCUUCUGAUGCUGAACGGGUAUACAUAUUCUCGAGUACAUUACGGUCAACAUUGGCUGUGCUCCUCCAAAGCCCAGGGUUGUACUGCCAGAGUUCAGCGGAUUUACGAUGGGACCGUUAUCCGGGUCAAUACUGAACAUACACAUCCUCCGCCUAAGUACAUAAUUAAGAAUGGUUCUUAUUUUAAAGUGUGA